AACAUUCAGCCUUGUAUUUGGAAGAAGUUGCUGCGUUCACACUCAUAAUCGGUAAAUUAAACGAUCCAGCAAAGCAUAUGAUUGUCGAAGCAAACUCAUGCUUCGGGCAAUACAAUUUGGGUGUCUUUCGUAGCCAAUAUUUUUAUUAACUUCUAUAUUUAGGAAGUUCCUUAAUUGGUGAUCACUUAUUCAGUUUGUCUUAGAUCGUUGUUGGGUACGCAUGGUUCUGAUCUUGUAAAACGUCGAAUUAAAAAAGAAAAAUGAAGUUUACUUUGUUAUUUGUGGUGCUAGCAAUAUUUGUUGCGAAAAGUUUUUCGUUAGAAUGCUAUGUUUGUGAUUCGGAUCUUGAUCCAAAUUGUCACAGCAUGUAUGACAGGAAUGUAAGGACAGAGCUUUGUGAUGAUUCUCGGUUGAUUGGAUAUCAAAGAAAUGCUUGUUUAAAAAUUGUAACAUUCGAAUUUGGAAAUAGAAAAACACUACGACAAUGUGCUAGAGUUGGCCCAAGGAAAGAUCCAUGCUUUGAACAAGGGAAUGCUUAUGAUCUUAGCGUAUGUGAAGUUUGCGACAACCAUUUGUGUAAUGGAUCGACGAAUUUGAAGAAGAAUAUUUGGAUUAUGAGUCUUCCUGUCCUCGGAAUUAUGUUUUAUAAGAUUAUGAUGAUGUAAAACUAUUUUCCUACCUGCAUAUUUAAAUUAUGUUCUAUUAUUUUAAAUUUACAACAAAAACUUCCUAUUAUGAAAAAUAAAAGCUUCUCAAAUUUAAACCAUGAAGUGUUGAUAUCAUUCAAGAUUUGCUUUACGCAAUUUUUUAGGAAAACAAAUUAUUCAAGCAUUGAG